AUGAGUUUCAAUAAAGUAAAAGAAUUCAUUGAAGAAGGAGAUGUGAUAAUUUUAUAUUUAGGGCAUAACAAUAUGCAUUCUUUAGAGAUAAAGGCAAAGAUUCCCAAUAAAAAUGGUGAAAUGGUUGACAAUGUUUUUCAAACAAAAUAUGGAGCGCUUAAAGUAUUUUCUCUCGUGGGACACAAGUAUGGAACUAAAAAAAAACUUUCUCGAGGAUGGGCAUAUGUGCUACAACCAACACCAGAACUUUGGACUUUAACAGUUCCUCAUAGGACACAAAUUAUUUAUAGUCCUGACAUAAGUUUAAUUAUACAUUUAAUGGAUUUAGUACCAGGAAGUAUAGUUAUUGAAACAGGUACUGGAAGUGGAUCUCUUUCUCAUGCUCUUAUUCGUGUAAUUCGCCCUCAUGGUCAUCUUUAUACAUUUGAUUUCCACGAGCAACGUGUAAAUAUUGCUCAAGCAGAAUUUGAGAAGCACGGACUUGAUAAAUUUGUAACUUCAAGUCACAAAGAUGUUUGCAUCGAAGGUUUUGGAAAAGAAUUAGAGACAAAAGUAGAUGCAAUUUUUUUAGAUCUUCCACAUCCAUGGUUAGCAAUAGAUUAUGCAGCAUCUACUUUAAAAAAAUCAGGUGGAAAAUUAUGUUCUUUCUCUCCUUGUAUCGAACAAGUUCAACGUACUUGUGCAAAAUUAAUUUCAAAAGGAUUCAUUGAAUUGAAUACUUACGAAUGUUUACAAAGAGAAAUUCAUGUACAAUAUAAAAAUCUUCCUAUAUUGAAUUUAGAAUGCUUACAAUAUGAGAAUGUAGACAAAGAUAUGGCACAAGAAAGUGAAAAUGGAAAACAAGAAAUAAAACUGCUUACGGCAAUGCAUGCUCGUUCUUUACCUGGUCAUACAGGAUUCAUUACAAUUGCUACAUUACCUCCAUUUCAUGUACGAAAGAUGGAAAUAAAUUUAAAGUCCAAAGAUUGA